UUGUCGACUCCACGUCUGAGGAACACGAUGUGACAGUAAAAUCUGGUAGUUUUCCGCGUUUCGAGCUUCAGUCUGAGAGAAUGAACUCAAAGUGUGCCAUCAUGAGUUCUUGACGUCUGUUUGCUAAUUCAUCACUAUGAGUGGUGCUGCGCUGGCUGUUGUGGUCGUAGUUGUUUUCCUGUUGGCCCUCUACCUCCUCCAUCGCUAUGGAGAUCUGCGGAGGCAGCAGCGGAUGGUCCUGUUGGGAACGCUGCUGUCCUGGUACCUCUGCUUUCUCAUCGUCUUCAUCCUGCCACUUGAUGUUAGCACGACCAUCUACAGGCAGUGUAUUCAUGACAAUGCAGACCACCCUACUCCUGUAACUCGAGCAAGACACGGUAAUCAGACAGAAGACGGCUCCUCUGUUUAUCCACCUGUCAGUACACCAAAGGUUUGUGAGGAGCCGUGGAGCUACAUCCCAGAUGGCGUCCUACCAGUGUUCUGGAGAGUUGUAUACUGGACUUCUCAGUUUCUUACUUGGCUGCUGUUACCCUUCAUGCAGUCAUACGCACGGGCGGGAGCUUUCUCCAGAGUUGGAAAGAUUAAAACGGCUCUCAUCGAAAAUGGAAUCUAUUAUGGCACCUACCUCCUUAUCUUCAUCUCUCUGCUCAUCUACGUGGCUGCUCACCCACAGUGGGAACUGUCAUGGAGAGGGCUGCAGACCAUCGGCAUUGCAGCUGCUAACACCUGGGGCCUCUUCCUUCUGGUGCUGUUGCUAGGCUACGGCCUGGUGGAAAUCCCACGUUCUUAUUGGCUCUCAUCUUCCCAUGGUUACCUGCUGGCCAAGACCUACUUCAAGGCUGCAAAAAUGGCUACUGAGAAGGCAUCCGCUGAGGAGAACCUGGCAGACGUCAUGGAGGAGGUGGCAGGAGUCCAUGAAUCUGUCAGGCACAACCACUCACUCAGGAAGUGUGUGGACACCAUUAUUACAAAGUGUCCUGUUGUGUACCAAGAGGAGUUGGGAAGAAAUGUGGAAAGCUCUUGUGGAGAACAGAAUGUCGUUCCCACCAAAAGAGGCCUUAUCAAGCUUCAUAAAAAAGUAAUCUCUGCAGUGCAGAGACACGGUCAGACUGAGGUGCAGUGGUCUAUCUUGUUGGACCAGGCUUUUCAUCUAGAGGAUGUUGCUAAAAGUCAGAGCAGCCCAGUCCGACAAUUCAUCAACAACUCUCCCUCUGCACACCGCCAUGGCUGGAUCCAUCAGUACAUCUACACUCCCACUGUGGAGUGGUACUGGGAGUGUGUGUUCAGGCAGGGUUUCUACAGGCUGCUGGCAGUUCUCCUGUGUCUCCUCUCAGCAGCGGUUGUCUGGUCUGAGUGCACCUUCUUCAGCACCCACCCUGUCCUCUCCCUCUUCGCUGUCUUUGUUCAGGCGGCUGAAAAACAACACAACUACAUUUGUAUAGAGAUGGUGUGCUUUGUCAGUAUCCUCUUCCUGUGUGUCUGCGUCUACUCCACAGUGUUCAGGAUACGAGUUUUCAACUACUAUUACCUGGUGCCACAUCACCAGACCGAUGCUUACAGCCUGCAGUUCAGCGGCAUGUUGUUUUGUCGUCUGACCCCUCCUUUGUGUCUCAACUUCCUGGGCCUGAUUCACAUGGACUCUGCCAUCUCACACCAGGACAGAAUACAGACAUCUUACACCUCUAUCAUGGGCUCGAUGCAUGUGCUGUAUUUUAUAUCUGAUGGCUUCUACAUCUAUUAUCCCAUGCUGGUAUUGCUGCUCUGCUUUGCCACUUAUUACAGCCUGGGCUCUCGCUGUUUGAACCUCCUUGGAUUUCAUCAGUACCUCACUGACGAUGACUUGACCUCUGACCUGGUGGAUGAAGGCAGGGAACUUAUUAGAAGAGGUAGUUUCAUCGCAAAUUAAAUCACUUAACAUUUCUAAU